UGCAUUUUCGACGUAAACUGUCAGUCACUGUCGCUGGCUGGCUGGAAAUUCUCAAUUUCAUAAAAUCGUCUUAAAACUAUCGAGAUUUUAGAAAUCGUGACACUUUUAAACAAAGCAUUAGUUUAUAUUGAUUGGAUAAAAAACAAAUUAGUAAACAUGGAUCGUCUGCUACGUCUUGGCGGCGGAGUGCCAGGUUUAUCUCAAGCGCCUCCUCCUACUGAUGCACCUGUUGUAGACACUGCCGAACAGGUAUACAUCUCGUCUUUGGCCCUGUUGAAGAUGUUAAAACACGGGCGCGCCGGUGUUCCAAUGGAAGUUAUGGGACUUAUGUUAGGUGAAUUUGUUGAUGAUUACACGGUGCGUGUCAUAGACGUAUUUGCCAUGCCUCAAACUGGCACAGGAGUGUCGGUUGAAGCUGUAGAUCCUGUCUUCCAAGCAAAGAUGUUGGAUAUGUUGAAGCAAACUGGACGACCUGAGAUGGUAGUGGGAUGGUACCACUCGCAUCCUGGCUUUGGAUGUUGGUUAUCUGGAGUCGACAUUAAUACUCAGCAGUCUUUCGAAGCUUUGUCUGAACGUGCUGUAGCUGUAGUGGUUGAUCCGAUUCAGUCAGUAAAAGGCAAAGUUGUGAUUGAUGCGUUUAGACUAAUCAAUCCUAACAUGAUGGUGCUUGGGCAGGAACCAAGGCAGACAACAUCCAACUUGGGUCAUUUACAGAAACCCUCAGUGCAGGCUCUCAUUCACGGUCUCAACCGCCACUAUUACUCUAUCAGUAUAAACUAUAGGAAAAAUGAGCUAGAGCAAAAGAUGCUGUUGAACCUUCAUAAAAAGUCCUGGAUGGAUGGUCUCACAUUGUCAGAUUAUAAGGAACACUGUUCAAUCAAUGAAACAACAGUGACAGAUAUGCUGGACCUAGCUAAAAAUUACAACAAAGCACUUGAAGAUGAAGAGAAAAUGACACCCGAACAGUUGGCAAUUAAGAAUGUAGGCAAACAAGAUCCCAAGAGGCAUUUAGAAGAGAAAGUAGAUGUACUAAUGUCCAAUAACAUUGUGCAAUGUCUUGGAGCAAUGCUCGACACAAUGGUAUUUAAAUGAUCUUUAGAUGAAGUGUUUUUUAUAUUUUAAUGUGUUAAGACAAACAACAAUUAAGAAAUCCAUUUUAAGUUUCGUUCACUGGAU